AUGAAUAUUCUCGUGUCUCCUUCUCCCACUCGCCUGGCUUUUCUGGCCCGCAAUAUUUCUCGUCAUUCGACGAAGCCUUUGAAUUUUAAUAGAUUUGCGGCUUUGAACAAUCCACCGACCCGGAAAUUCUCAUCUAACACAUGGUACCUCAACAGUUCUCAUAGCCCCCGCUCAAGAUUUCCGCUGAAUCAAGCCAAGUCUCCUGGGUCUAAAGCUGAUGAAAAGGAGGAAGGAAUUUCAUUCAUAGACGAGAAUAUCAGCAUCGAGUACCCUGAAAGCGAUGAGUUACCUCGAACUCCCAUUAUUCAAGGUCGUGGGGGCAGACACUUUAAACGAACCCUCGCUCAAUUCUCCCUUGAAGAAAGCGUGACGGUGGUGACCGGAGGUGCGAGUGGGAUAGGUCUUGCUAUCUCUCAAGGGAUUGUAGCUUCAGGCUCGCAUUUGGCCAUUGUUGAUAUGAACCGUGAUGAAGCUCACACUCAAACCGAAAAAUUGCUAGAACAAUUCAAAAGAGAAAAUCCCGGAAUUCAGCGAAUGCCAAAGGUAACCUCCCACUUUGCAGACGUGUCGAAUCCAUCCUCUGUCGACCAUGCCAUCGCCGAUAUAAUCGCCAAACAAGGCAAAAUUGACAAUCUGGUCACUUGCGCGGGGUUUACCGAAAACUUUAGCGCUAUCACGUAUCCUCAUGAUCGUAUGCAGAAAUUGUGGGGGGUUGUUGUGGAUGGAACGUAUCUCUUCACUGCUGGCGUUGCGAAGCAUUUGAUCCAACGCCAAGCAGCUGGAAACAUGGUGGUAAUCGGUAGCAUGUCUGGAGCUAUCGUGAACGUUCCUCAGCCUCAAGCUCCCUAUAAUGCCGCCAAGGCGGCCGUUCGUCAUCUUGCUGCAUCGCUCGCAGUGGAGUGGGCCAGCCAUGACAUUCGUGUGAACUGCAUCAGUCCCGGAUACAUCCUGACUGCCCUUACUCGCAAGAUUUUGGAAGAAAAUGCCGAGUUCGGCGAUAAAUGGAUCUCGCUUAUCCCUGCUGGUAGGGUGGGGAGCCCGGAGGAUCUGAUGGGAGCGGUGGUGUUCUUGUUGAGUGACUCUGCUAAGUAUAUCACUGGCGCCGACUUGCGGGUCGACGGCGGUUAUACUUUGACUUGA